AGCAAAGAUAUAUUCUCUUGUUCAACAAGAAGAGAAACAACAAGAGAUUCAAUCUUUAUCGACUCCUAUUCCAGAUGGUGCUGCACUUAACAUCACAACAAGGUCGAAUAACUACAAUUCUAAUCGACUGAUGGAUGGUCGAAAUAGCCAUAAUACAGGUGGAGGAAAUCGUCCACAUCCAGGUAGUGGAAAUCGACCAUAUUCUGGUGACGGAAAUAGCUUCCACUCUGGUGGUGGAAAUCGCUCAAACCCCGGUGAUGGAAAUCGCACAUAUACUAGUGGUGGAAGCAAUUCAUCCGGUGGUGGAUAUAACUCAUAUUUUGGUGGUGGAAAUAAUUCUAACCGCAAGGUUAAACAUCAUUGCGACCAUUGUGACAAGGAUGGUCACUCCACGAAGCGUUGCUAUAAAACCAUUGGGUAUCCUCCAAAGCGUUCAGAGUUCUCUAAUCUUUCCAAUAAAUCUGCAAACAAAACGAGUCCGGCUGUUGUAACUCAAGAGCAAUAUGACAAGUUAUUAGCGAUGCUCUCCUCAGUUAAUAUCCACCACAAUUCCAACUUAGCAGGACCUAUCAACGAGGAGGACGAUUGGACAGGGGAAUAUCCAUGAGGGGCUCUAUUACUAUCAGGCAUCACAGACGGCUUUGGCGGUGGUCGCACCAUCCUCUUUCGACCUUUGGCAUUGGAGGCUAGGCCAUCUUUCCUUUAGCUCCUUAAGCACUUUAAUUAAAGAUUUUCCUUUUAUGUCCACUUCUCGCAAUCAUUUUUGCGAUGUUUGUCCUCAAGCCAAACAAAGUAGAUUGCCUUUUUAUUCAAGUUCUAUUGCAACCAGUAGAGUUUUUCAGAUGCUACAUUGUGACAUAUGGGGGACCUUUGUGCAACCUUCUUUGAAUAAAAGUCGUUAUUUUUUUACUAUUGUUGAUGAUUUUUCUCGAUGCACUUGGAUAUACCUUAUGGGCAUGAAAUCUGAAACUAAAACAUUUUUGCAAUCUUUUUUUGCUUUAGUCCACGUCCAAUUCCAUUCACAGGUUGACAUUAUUUCCUCUGGUCCUGGUGCUAUUUUGUUUCCCACAAUACAAGCUAUCCAAUCUGAUAAUGGAACAGAAUUCCUUUCUAAGGAUAUGCAAAAAAAUUUCCAAACCGCGACAUUAUUAACCAACAGAGUUGUGUUGGAACGCCCCAACAAAAUGGGGUAGUUGAACGCAAACAUCGCCACAUUCUUGAGGUGGCGCGUGCCCUUCGUUUUCAGGCCAAUUUACCCCUUAAAUUUUGGGGUGAAUGUGCUCUCACAGCUGUUUACCUCAUUAACAAAACGCCUUCUCCGUUGUUGUCUGGAAAGUCACCUCACGAGGUUUUGUUUCAAUCUAAGCCCAACUAUUCUCAUUUGCGAGUCUUUGGCUGUUUGUGUUAUGCUCGCAAUGCGAAUGUUAAACAUAAAUUCGAUCAACGUACCAAACCUGGCAUAUUCAUUGGCUACCCUUAUGGUCAAAAGGGUUAUCGAGUUUAUGACAUACAGUCACACUCCAUUUAUACAUCCCGGGACGUCAUUUUUCACGAAGGUAUAUUUCCAUUCUAUGAUGUCCCUCCAAGUCCUGUAUCCUCUCCUCCAGGUAUUUCCUUGCCAAUCCAUGCUCAUGAUCCCUUGGAUUUUCCUCCUACUGCCACCAUUCCCAUUACCCAUACCCCUCCAGAGGACACUCCCACAUCCAGCUCCACUCCCAUUGAACCAAUAGCCUCUGACUUAAUAACACCAGCAGAAAUUCAAGAACCCAUUAUUCCAGCACUGCCCACCACCGCUAGACCAUCUCGCAACCGUCGGCCACCUUCCCACUUGGCCGAUUAUCAUUGCCCCGGUGCCACUCAUGGUUCCUCUCCUCUCCUGUCAGACUUCUCGUUCACAGGUACUCCUUAUCCUCUUCAUCAUUUUCUUUCUUCUUCUAAUUUUUUUG